GGGCUUAAAAGUUGUUCAUUACGGUACCGACCGCGACACAGUGCGGACGCAGUUUUUACUUUUCUCCCCCGCAACCCAGCCAUUGAAAAAAAAAUAACAGAGAUCUUCUGAAAGAAAAGUGAUAGUUGUUUUGUCUCAACACAAAGUGAUCUUAUUCACUUGGAAGUCUUUUGAGAAGUGCAAAAAGUGCAAGUUAUUCUUUUAGGAGCUUAUUCCUUUAAGACAUUACGUGUUGUGUUAAAGAAAAUAUCCCUUGGAAAAUAUGAUAGUUGCCAUUGGACAAUAAUAUUGAAUAUUGAACUUUUUGAGCAGAUAUAUAGAUACGUGGAAGCGUUAUGACGACACAUCCACUGAGGGACUGAUUGUGAAUGGGAAAUAUUCCUGUGAUUAUACGUUAAUUCAUGUUCUCAAGUCAUUAGCAAAUUGAUCGUAUUUGAGGACAAUACACACUUUACAGUAAAGUCACUCUGGGGCGCAAGAAAUAACGAUAAAGUGCGAGGAGGAAAAACUAAUUUCUAUAUAACCAUUGAUUGUAUAAAUAUUUAAUCAAGUUCAAGAAGAGACACUUUGCCACAGAUUUUACUUUCUUGGCUCUGGAUUUCAAAAUCGUGGGACCCCGAAACGGUUUUCACCAGCAGUAGUGCCACCUUAUUGACCAGUCGAUACCAAAAUUUUAUAAAUUAAAUAAAGAUGUCAUUUCUACAAUCAAUCUACGAUGGAUACAGAGAUCUCAUGGACAAUAAAUCCGAUCCACGCACCAAAGACUGGCCCCUGAUGAGUUCUCCAUUUCCCACAAUUGCAAUCAGCCUCGCAUAUGCAUAUUUUGUAAAGGUUCUGGGACCACGGUUGAUGGAGAAUAGGAAACCUUUUCAAUUGCGCAGUGUUCUUAUUGUCUACAAUGCCAUUCAGGUAAUCUUUAGCACGUGGCUGUUCUAUGAAGCCUGCGUAGCUGGCUGGCUCACAGGAUACAGCUACCGAUGCCAACCCGUAGACUACUCUAGAACGCCUCUAGCUAUGAGGAUGGCCAAUGGAUGCUGGUGGUAUUACUUCUCAAAGUUCACUGAAUUCUUUGACACAUUCUUCUUUGUUAUGCGCAAACGAUAUGAUCAAGUGUCUACACUCCAUGUGAUUCAUCAUGGAAUUAUGCCAGUGUCCGUUUGGUGGGGUGUUAAAUUCACUCCAGGUGGCCACAGCUCCUUUUUCGGCUUCCUCAACACUUUUGUGCACAUCGUCAUGUACACGUACUACAUGCUGGCUGCGAUGGGACCAAAAGUGCAGAAAUAUCUGUGGUGGAAGAAAUAUUUGACUGUCCUCCAGAUGGUUCAAUUCAUCUUGGUGAUGGUUCAUGCCUUCCAAUUGCUCUUCAAGAAUGACUGCAACUAUCCGAUUGCCUUCGCUUACUUCAUUGGUGCACAUGCUGUUAUGUUCUACUUCCUCUUCUCUGGAUUCUACAAACAGGCCUACACCAAGAAACAGAAGGACGCUGAACAGAAGCGAUUGAUUGCACAGAAAAAGGAAAUCAACGAAAAUGGCACUCACAAGCAGAUGAAUGGGAAGACACAAAUGUACGAAAAUCCCGGAGCUGUGGAGGAUAGCUAUUCAACAACGAGGCAAAGAGUCUUUGUGGGAUCCAACAACUGGAUUUGCCAGCCGGUUAACAUCAAUUGAACCGGAGGAAGAGAGAGAAACCACCAAUAUCGAGAAGUCAGAGACUAAAAGAUUUGAAAAGAAAAUGUUUUGUAUACUUCUUUGUGGGACUUCAUGCAUAAUUUCCGUGUCUUAUUGAUAAGGGAUAUAUAUCAAAGAUAAGAACAAACUUGUAUACAUCAGGCAUUAAUCUUUCUUCACUUUCCACCUUUCCUCUAUCUUCCUAAAGUCUAUAAAAGAUGAUAUUUUACGUAGAUUUUUUUACAUUGUAGAAUUUUUUUAUGUUUUCAUCUUUAGAUGAUAAAGAAUCUCUUUAUAUCUUCUUCUCCUUCCUUCCCUGUGUAGGUAGUUUUCCAUGCAAGAAGAAAACAUUAACGGUAAUAUAUACAAAAUUCCAUUAAAAGUAUAUAUUGUUAACUAUUUUGUGUGUGUGCAUGUACAAAAAAUAUUGUGGGUUUAAAAUAAAUUUUAUACGAAUUUUUUUUUCUAAAGACA